AUGGAGGUGAAAGGAGUGAAGCUUAAGGUCCUUGGGAGGGGAGCAUAUGGUGUGGUACAUUUGGUGGAAACGACUUCUCCUUGUUCUGGGCUGUUUGCUGUAAAAUCUGCUCCUUUAACAAAGUCUUUUUCUCUUUCCAAGGAAUGGGAAAUAUUUAAAAAGUUUAUAGGUUGCCCAAAUAUUGUUCAAUGUUUUGGUGGUUUCACGAGUUUUGAACGAGAUGGGGGAGGAUACAUCCAUUCUGAUCUUAAACCAGAAAAUAUUUUGGUUUUUCCAUCUCAGACCGGUUCUGAUUUGAAUACUUUAAAGAUUGCGGAUUUCGGGUUAGCUAGACAAUGUGGGGAAAAAGAUAUUCCACAACUUUGGGAAUAUGGUUUUCGAGGUACAGCAGAUUAUAUGUCACCAGAAUCUGUGAUGGGAGAAAUCAGUGGUGCAUUGGAUAUAUGGUCACUCGGUUGCAUUAUUGUUGAGAUGAUUAGUGGGAAAAUGCCAUGGAACUAUAGGCAACCUGAAAGAUUUGAGAAACAAGCUUUUGAAUGGAGAAUCACCCAAAAUCCCAGAAAACAUGUCAAGUAUUGGGAAGGAUUUCUUAACAAAGUGUUUUGCUAG